UGUCGGUUAAAGGCUUUACCUUAUGUGUCACUGACUUUGAAUAAGUCUUUGUGCAUUACAUGGGAGACAACUGUAUCUUUUUAUUUACCUGCUUUCCUGGUGUGAGCGAGAAAGGUCAUUUGGAUUGUACAUAGUCAAAGUAACCUAAUGGCUGAACCAGAGGAAAAGGUAGACUGGCAAGAUGGCAAAUCACUAUCAGAAUGUAUGAUGUACAUGUUAGAGAAGGACAUUAUGUGUGACGUCACUUUCCGUGUUGGAACAGACGAUCAAAGCAUUAUCAAAGCGCACAAGUACAUGUUGGCUAGUCGGAGUCCAGUUUUUUAUACCAUGUUUGAAGGUUCUUGUCCCGAAAAGGGAGACAUCAUCGUAACAGAUAUAAAUUCAGCAACAUUUAAAGUUUUGUUGAAGUAUAUUUAUUCAGAUGUACUGGAUCUUUCACUUGACAACAUUCAAGAAGUACUUUAUGUUGCCGAAAAGUAUAUGCUAUCAACAAUGAAAGAUGAAUGUACGAGUUUGCUCUUAUCAUCUGUUGAAACAUCGAAUGCUCCUGGGGUAUUUAAUGUUGCGUCCCAUUUCCACCUUGAACAUCUCAAAAUCAAAAGUCUCGAGCAUAUUCAAAAAAAUGCAGCUGAAUGCCUAAUAGCGCCAAAUGCUAUUAAAAUGUCCAAAGAAUGCAUGGAAGCUAUCCUGAGAUUGGAUUCAAUAUAUUGUUCUGAAACAGACAUUUGCCGAUUUCUUAUAAAGUGGGCAAGUCACCAUUGUGAGACAGAGAGUAAAACGGCUUCUGGUGAAAACUUGCGAGAAAUUACUGGUCCCUUACUGUAUCUGGUCCGGUUUCCUCUAGUUGACAAGGAGUAUUUUGCAAAUGAGAUUGCCCAUUCUGGUCUGCUGAAUUCGGAAGAAGUCAUAAGUGUGUUUUCUUCCCACUAUGGUAGGAAGAAUGGAUUUUUUGCAGAGUCAGUCCGAAAUUCAAAAUUAUGUUACAAGAAAGAUUGCACGGUUUGGCGCCAUAGAUCUGUUGCGAGUACUUGGUAUCAACACAGUGGUAAAAAGUAUGAUGCUUUGAAUGUAAAAGUGAAUAGGAACAUUGAACUUAAAUCCGUGAUUUUAUUUGGUCCAGUUGGCAAUGUAUCUAGCUCUGCUAGGGAAAUUACUGUCAAGAUUCUAAAUGAUAGCGGGAAUGAAAUAUUUACUCAAAAAUAUGAGAGCUGUACCCAGAGUAGUGAACUACAAACUGUUCUUUUAUCAGAACCCAUUCCAAUAAAUGCCAAUGAAUUAUUCACUAUAAUGGUAGACAGUAUAAAAUUUGAUGCAUAUUAUGGUAAACAAUGUAAACCAAAAUGCAGAAUAGAUGAUAUAGUGAUAUCAUUUGAAAAUUCACCAAACUGUACCACUGGUACAAGUGUAGAACAAGGUCAAAUUGCAGGGAUAGAAUUCAAUGCAUAAUAUUGAAAUUGACAUUGAACAUUAUGAUGGAUGACUUUUAAGAAUUCUUGUCUUAUUUUUACUUCAUGGAUUGACAAGUGCCAAAUGUAUAUCUGGGAUUAAUUAAAAUUUAUCUUCAUAA